AUGAGUCUUUUAAAUGGCACUGGAAGGAUUGAAUAUGGUGUUUAUGGUCGUAUCUUAUUCUGUGGUCAAUUAGAAAAACGUCGUGAUGGUGUUGUACGUGGUGGUUGGGCUUCGCGUCUUUUUAUUCUUACGCCAGAUACACUGCAUUAUUACCGUAAAGGCACAGAGUAUGAGCUACUAGGAGAAGAACGUGGCCACAUUACGCUAUCUUCGAUGACAAGGGUACGUGCGAUGCCAGAAGAUGAAGUACCGUAUGGAACGGUAGAACCAGGUGUAGAAUAUUACUACCUUGAAAUUUGCACGGAAGACCGUCUCUAUUUGAUGCGAACUCGUAUUCGUGAAGCAUCGACAUGUGAAAGUUGGUCAAUUGCCAUUGAAGAACAACGAAAAGUGCUGCGUUCAGGGAAAAUAAAUCAGCGUGAGUGCAAUUCGAGCGCCGUCCCUUUUUCGGAAGCGGUGCCGAGUCCCAAUCUACUUGCACGGAACCAUGAAGUUUUCUCCCAAUUUGUACAGUAUAAAAGCGCCCUCCUAUUUGCAAACGAACAGGAAGCGUCACCGCCACGGGUGGCCAUGGUCUCCGUUGUGCACAAGAGCGAGCGGGAUGGACGACCGACCGAAAAGGUGAUUAAAAGACGGACAGAAUGGGGUGAAAAGCUUGAUCUUGGCGUGAUCCCGCAGGGAGGAGCAUGUGUCAUCCUUCUUCAAGAUGGAGGUCUUGGUCGCAUUGGUACUCAAGCUCUUAUGAGCAGCUGGGACUCGGGUCGUGUCUGCUGGAUUGAAGUUACAGACGCUGAGUUUUCUACUGAAAUCGAGGUCUCGGUAACUUGCAAGGUGUUGUCGCAAACACCCAAGUUGAAGCAUCCGAAGCCUUUAAGCGCUCAGGAAGGAUUACCAAAGUGGGUGGAGUGGGUAGAUGAAGGCUCUAGCAUCGGAUUUCUGCUCAUGUGCCUUUUCGUUCACUUGUUGUAUGGUGUCGACGGUUUUCACUGGUCACACAAGUGCUGCCUCACUGUUGGGGCCGCACUUGCCAUCUCAACAAUUUUAAACGGGUCUACUAGAAGUCCGCCAGCACCAGUUUUGACGCCUAGGUACUUAAGCCCCACCAAUCUGCUGCCCAAGCUGCAGUUUGCCCUCACUGUUCAUCGCUGCCGGAUAAAAGUGGAGAGCAUGGAGUUCAUAUACCCACAGUCCAGCAGUGCAAGGAAGUAG